AUGCGCGGCGGCGAUAAAGGACAGGAUAAGAUGCAACUCAUCGACGAACGCGGCGAAUUCGAUGAACACGCGUGCGAAUCUUUCUUACACGAUGCCGCAAACGCGCACGAGUGGAAUAAAAAGUACACGGUGAUGAGCAUCAUGGGACCGCAGUCGAGCGGGAAGAGCACUUUGAUGAACCACGCGUUCGGGACGAGCUUUCGAGAGAUGGACGAGUUGUCCGGACGCCGACAGACGACGAAAGGCGUGUGGAUGGCAAUCGCGGAACAAUCGGAUGAUAACAAUAAUAAUACGAUCGUGCUCGACCUGGAAGGUUCCGACGGUCGCGAGCGAGGCGAAGACGACCAGACGUUUGAGAAGCAAACCGCGCUGUUCGCUUUGGCGGCCUCGGACGUUCUCUUAGUCAACGUGUGGUGCAACGACAUCGGGAGAGAACACGCGAGCGGGAAACCUUUGCUGAAGACGAUUUUACAAGUCAAUUUGAAGUUGUUUUGUUCGAAUAACAAAACGGCGACGAAGAAAACGAAACUCGUGUUUGUCAUUCGCGAUCGGUCGAAAACGCCGAUUGAAUUACUCGAGAAAGCGUUGAAAGAGGACGUCGAGCAAGUGUGGCAAUCCAUCAAGAAACCAGAGCAUUUCGCAAACUCGGACGUGAGCGAGUUUUUCGACGUCGGAUACUUCAGUUUGCCGCAUUACUUGCACGAGAACGAGGUGUUCGUGAAAGAAUGCAAAGGUUUACGCGCGGCGUUGAUUUCUUCCACGGAUGAUGAGUCGACGCACGAGAGCAAAGUUCCGUCGACGGCGUUGCCGACUUCCAUGAGAGAAAUUUGGAAAGCGGUGCAGGAAAAUCGCGAUUUAGAUUUACCGGCUCACGCGAUUAUGGUUGCCACGGUUCGAUGCGAGGAAAUCGCGACGAUGUGCGCUGACGCGGUGGAAGCUUCGGACGCGAUCGGGAUGCUUUGCGAACGCGCGAAUACCCCUAACGCCAGCGAAUGCACCACGCUAGGGAAAGAAAUCGAAGCCAUUGCGAAAACUGGUUUCGACGUCUACGACGCCGAGACGGCGUUUUUCGAUAAGAACGUUCGAGAUAUGAAACGGAGAGAAUUAGCGGGGAAGUUAACGACGGUGUUUAAACCAACCUUGGAGGCGCACUUCACGAACGUAUCGAAGAAGUUGUUGACCAAAGUCAGAAGAGAGUUGGACGCCGGUUUCGAGAGCGGUUUUGAAAAGAAGUCUACGAAGAAAUUCUCGCAAAUGGCUUUGUCGUUACGAGAAGACUCGAUUAACGAAUGGAACGAACACGUCGCAAACUCGACGCCGACGGAAAACAUCGACGGGUGGAACUUUGAAAUCGUCAAAGAUUUGACCAGAUUAUUUCACAAAGAUCUCGAGGAAACCGUCGAUCACGAGAAGACCGAGAAGAGCGCUUUGAUGGCGAGAAACGUAGAGAGAACGUUUUCGAGACAGGUUUCGACGUCUAUUUUAGGCGCGGUGGAUGAAUUUAGCCGAGAGAUUUGCGUCGACGACGAUUCAGACGACAAAUCCGAAGACGCCGAAGCAGCUUUGAAGAGGCGACAAAGAAGAGAGGAGAAAAAAUACUCGCUGUGGCCAGCCGCGAGACUGGCCUAUCGCGCCUCGGAGAAGAAAUGGAUCGAGACUUUAGAAAACGCGCUGUUGAAUUUCGAUUUACCUACAGACGCGUUCGAUUCGAGGAAAAACGAAGCGGAAAAUGCCAUCAAAAUCGCAUCAAACGGCGCGUGUUUCGAAGCCGGCGAUAAAGCGAGCGAGUUCAUGCGCCAAUCCUUCAGCGCGUAUUUCAACAAGACGAAGGAAGGGAUACCGAGAGUUUGGACGUCCUCGGACGACGUCGGUAGGAUUGCUCGAUUGGCUCGAUUGAACGCGGUGAACGUCUUGGCGAAUAUUUGCAUCAACCGCAUUGGAGCAGACAUGCCUCGAUUGAAAGCGGUGGCGAUGACGCAGUUUCAAACCGACGAGGCGAAACAGUUUUCAAAGGAAGAGCGAAUGAAGAUUGCAAAGGUGGAAAAGACGUUGCGAACGUUAGUGCCUGGUGUUAUGAACAAGACAGGAGAAGAAGGAGAAAAACAAGAAGAAGAGUAUCCACUCUCCGGCGGAUUGAAGACGAAGAACCCUGAGGAAGAAAUGAUAGCCCAACCUCCUUUCCCGUCCGAAUGGUCUCUGAAACUGUGCGACACCAAAGCUUCCGACGUCAUUUUGUCGCCAUCGGAAUGUCGUCAGCACUACCGACGAUUCGAAUCGGAAACGACGCACUUUGUCGCGCAAGCGUUGCACGCGCAACAAAACGCCAAAAAAGACGGCUUGUUCGGUGGCGCCCCGGUGUGGAUGAUUUUCGCCUUGUUCGUUUUAGGAUGGAACGAGAUUGUCUAUUUCCUGACGCACCCGUUUCGAUUGAUGUUUUUCGUCUUUCUAGGUUUGUACGCGAGAGCGAUUUUACGGCAAAUCAACGCGAAAGAGGCGUUUAAACUCGGCGUGGUCCCGGGAUGCGCGUUUUUAGUCGCCAAAGGCGUCCCAGCCGCCAUAUCAAUCUUCCAAAAGUUGAUCGAGCAACAGUCGCCUGAAGCGUUGACGGAAGGUCUCGAUUUUAGCAAAGUCUUAUUAGGAGCAGGAGGCGGAGGAGGAGAAACAUCCGCAAACGACGAAGAAGAGGAAGAAGUCAAAAGAACUGAAGAACCCAUGGACAUCGACUCUCCCGCAAAAAAAGUCGUCGUGAGUCCUUUCGCGAGCGUUCGAAGACGCACGAAUCAUCAACAUCAUCAGCAAAGCGCCGACGCUCGCUAG